AUGGGUACACAUUAUCCUGAAGAAGAUCCUACUCGACCUCUCAUGGACACUGACUUGGAAGAGGACGACACGAAUACGCUGUUAUCUACCGAUGACGCAGACGAUCCUGUAAUAGCUUGGUUGAAUAAGCAGAAGCUUUGUCGAAAGCAAGUUACCGCAUGUAGCAUAAGGCAUCAGCUCGAAGAGGUUGAAGGCCCUCGUGCUCUAUGCCGCCGACGUUGUUAUGGAUGUUAUCAGUCGAUGUCACGACAAUUUGGAUGCUCAAUAGCAAGUUCUAGAGCGAAACGAGUUCAUACUCGAUGUUCCAAAUGCAAAGUGCAUUUCUGUCUUCACUGCUUUCAGAAUAUGCAUAUGCAGUGUUAA